AUGGAGGAGCUAGAGCUGAUCAUUCCGCUCAAUGACACUGGGAGUGCCGGUUUAGGUGUGAGUCUGAAAGCUCGCGUUACUGUACGAACAAAUGGGACACGACAAGACUGUGGAAUAUUUAUCAAGAGUGUUUUGCACGGCGGUGCAGCCCAUAAGGAUGGCCGUCUGAGGGUGAAUGACAGAAUAGUUGGAAUAGAAGAGUUACGACUAGAAGGCGAGACGAACGCCACCGCUAGUGAGGCAGUCUCAAGACGAUUGAAGGCGAUCGGACCGACGGCGAAGUAUGUACGGUUGCGAAUUCAACGAGCGAAAGACGCUUCUGCUCAGUCUGGGUGUGCAUCUUCUGUUGACAGUCUGGCUGGCGCUCGAGCAUCUGUUUUGGGAGCAGAGUCGAGCUCAUCUGAAGAUAAACUAUCGCCUGUUGAAGGAAUGGAUGCUGAUUCUGGGAGUAAACUGGAUGAGUCCGAGUUGCCGAGCAUUUCGGAUCCGUUCAGCCGAGAAGCGCCGUCGAGAAAGAGCAUGAGUGAAAAGCGUGGCAUGGGUGCUGCCAGUGAUCCACAUCAUAUAAAACUUUUCCAGGAUAUUAAACAUCAACGGCAAACAAGCGCUCCACUGAAUGCGAUGCCCACGUCGCUUUCAUUCCACGGACAAACCGCCGGUAGGUCAGCGUCGCAACGUGCGGCGGCUCGUGCUCGAAGCCACUCCGUUCAUCCUCGUGCUCCUGCUCCACCGAAGAUCAUGAAGAUGUCGGUGGCACCACAGCAUCCACUGACGCCGUUGUCGUUCCAGAAUUCCGGUAAGUGUGCUUUUGUUGCUGCUUUCAUUGCUUGGUUCCACUGCUUCACCUGCCCUUUCACCACUUGCCCUCCACUCGCUUCCCUUUUUAAAGCUCCAACGAAUGCUGAGAAGCGUCGUUCUCUAAGCGUGGAAAGCAUCAAUCAAGAAGGGUCGAUUUGGCCGAAUGAAGCAUCGCAGCAAUGGUCUAUUUUUCAAGAUUCAGGUGCAACACCACAUCCAUUUCCUCCCGGUUCGCCGGUAAUAGUGAAGCCUCGCUCGACGAGUCGUGACAAAGACAAGCAACGGCGGAAGAGUCUGGGCGGUUUGACAGCCAUGAAAUCGUUCCUUGGUCUUGGUGGAAAGAGUCGUGAUGAGAACACGACGCAAAGAGCCGAUAUGAGAUUGGAAGAGGCUCAGCGUCAACGAGAAGAGGACGAGAAAAGAAGGAUCCGCGAGCACUACGAACGGCUUCGGGAGAAAGAGGCUGAAGCAAAUCGUGGACCUCACUCGACAACUCCAGGUGCUGCACGACGUGAACCGCAGCGGAUCUAUGCCUCCCCAAACUAUUCUCACACGCCUCAGGUUGAAACAUUACCUUUUUUUAUAUUUUACCUUACAAUUUGUCUUUAG